UCGGAGAAACUACUUCCGAAAUCAGCGAAACUUCGCGGUUGAAAUAAAUCGUUCCUGUGUGGUGUUUGUAGGCAAAAAGUUUAAAGCACUUGUAUCACUACAAUACAGCAUUGCCCUAGUAAUAGAGGGCUUUAAAUUGAUUGCAGAAUUCGGCCUGUUGUUUGAUGAUUUGAUAAACAUUUGUUCAUACAGUGCACUCUUAAAAGCCUAACUGGAAAUAGAUUGCAUUAUAAAACAGUAAGUGAGAUUGUCAAUGUUCAUACAACUAUGAGUACAAACGGGAAGGAGGAAUAUUCAUCAGAUGAACAGUUCAUGAAGUCCGAAGGGUUUGAUGCUAUUGACGGAGGAAUAGAAAUCAAUGGAAAAAUAUGUGGAGAGCAGCUUGGAGAUGCUCUUCUGGAUGAUCCCGAUAAUUGUGGGAUUUGCGGGGAAACUCUGACAAGGCCAAGGAUGCUGCACUGCCUUCAUGUUUUCUGUGAGCAUUGCUUAGAAAAGACCCUCAUUGGGGAAGGAGGAGAUGCUGGCAGUCCUAACACUUCCAUUGUUUGCCCUACUUGCAAUUAUGAAACUAAGGUGGGUUUGAAAAAGGUAGGUGCUCUUCCUUUGGAUGUAAUAAAAACAAACGUAUCGGACGUAUCUAACACGGAAAACCCUAAUUGCACCUCGUGCACCGCGAAAGAGGUGGCCAAGUCUUGUUGUAACACCUGCCACAACUUGCUUUGCAACAACUGCGACACUGCUCAUCACUACAUGCGUUGCUUUGAGUCUCAUGUUGUUAUUGACCUUGAGGAAAUGCGUAAGAAAGGAAAGAAGAUAAUGAUCCACAAACCACUAGACUGUGAACAACACCCUGGCGAAAAUAUAAUAUACAACUGUGCCGGUUGCAACUGCUUGAUUUGCGCUCAGUGCGCCAAGGGAGAUCAUAAAGGACAUCCUACCGAAGCUAUAGCCGAUUCGGAAAUGAGAGUGAGGCAAGACAUGGAGUCAUUGCUCACCAAAAGCAAAGAAAAAGUGGACGCGCUACUGAAAUGCGCUAGCGACCUCGAAAAUAAUUUGGAGGAAUUGGCACAUCAGCGCAGUGCUGCUAAAGACCUGAUUAAUGAAACGUACCAAAGUUAUAAGGCUGUUUUAGAAAAAUGUAAGGAUGAAGCCCUUGAGGAAUUGAAUAAAUUGUAUCACGACCGAUUUUUGCAAAUGAUGAAGCAAUCUGAUGAUCUUGGAAAAACAAUCAGCAAUUUUGAAGAUGCUUGCAGAUAUACCUCUAAACUACUAGAUAACGGCACUGUUUUAGAGAUGAUUUAUUUGCGUCAAGUGGUAGCCAACCGACUUUUAUCACUAAAUACUAGGGUUCCCAAAUGCGACAGCUUUAUUAAUUUGGAAUUUAAAUCUGAUUUUGGACAAUUUGAGAAGGUAUUGAAGGAGAAUUUUGGCACAUUUUUGACUGAGACUACUUUGGUUGUUGAUAGUCCUCAGAGUCCCACAAAUAGUUCUUUAAACGAGAUAGCCCCAUUGGCUAUCAAUGGUAUAAAUAAAUCACCUCUAUGUAAGCCAUCUCCCAUUACGAACGGGGGAAGUCCAAUUUCUUUACCGACUUCAAUGCAAUCAAGUUUUGACGGUGACCUAACAAAUAAUAUUCAAAACUUUACUCAACUAUCUAGCCCGACUUAUCCUCAAGUGUCUGCUACACCCGCUUUGCAAGGAUUUUCUAGUAUUGCUGAAUUUAAUUUGGCACAAUUGGCAACAUUGGCGGAAACUAGCAGUAGCGCAGCUACUUCACCCACCCCUUCUGGUUUUAAUUUUGCUGAAUUGUUGAGCAACGAUACUGCGGUGAAAAAUUUGGCUUCUUUGGCUAAGCUUGGAUUAAAUGCAGGUGUUGAGUCUAAUUCGACGAUUACGCCAAAUGGGGCAAAUAUGUUAGUGCGUUCCACUUCAUCUGCCUCUUUGCACCAACACUUAAGCAACAACAACAUGAUUAACGGAUUUGGAGGAGUAUCUACAUCUACCUCACCGCUUUUAUCUACACCAGAAGAUAUCAUGUCCACUGAUUGCCUUGUUGAUUUUUUAGAUGGCACAUUAAGCAGUAUUUUGCCUCCGAGUACCACCAGCAGCAACCCAUUGCCAAGUCGUGCUAAUAAGGUCAGCCCGAUGCAGAUUAGAUGUAAAUUUGGACAGUUGGGACCAAGUAAAAGUCAGUUCAAUUCUCCUCACGGAUUCUGUCUGGGCUUAGAGGAAGAUAUUAUUGUUGCUGAUACUAACAACCAUAGGAUUCAGAUUUUUGAGAAAACUGGUGCAUUUAAGUUCCAAUUUGGUAUUCCCGGUAAAGAUGAGGGGCAAUUGUGGUAUCCAAGAAAGGUCGCUGUAAUGCGCAGUACCGGAAAAUAUGUGGUUUGUGAUCGCGGAAAUGAAAGGUCCCGCAUGCAGAUAUUUACCAAAAAUGGGCAUUUCUUAAAGAAAAUUGCUAUUAGGUACAUUGAUAUUGUAGCUGGUUUGGCAGUUACAACCACCGGCGAAAUUGUGGCGGUUGAUAGCGUGAGCCCGACUGUUUUUAUCAUCCAUGAAAAUGGAGAUCUUUUGCGCUGGUUUGAUUGUAGCGACUACAUGAGAGAACCAUCUGAUAUUGCUAUUCAUGGUAAAGAAUAUUACGUAUGCGACUUUAAAGGACAUAAUGUUGUCGUGUUUAACGAAGAUGGUCAGUUUCUUCGACGCAUCGGAUGCGAGAACCUGACAAAUUUUCCGAACGGAAUUGAUAUUUCUGACGCGGGCGAUGUCCUAAUUGGUGAUUCUCACGGAAACCGCUUCCACGUUGCGGUGUUCGCCCGUGAUGGCUCGCUUAUAACAGAGUUUGAAUGCCCUUAUGUAAAGGUGUCUCGCUGCUGUGGUCUAAAGAUAACGUCGGAGGGCUAUGUGGUAACUUUGGCAAAGAAUAACCACCAUGUGCUAGUGUUGAACACUCUGUACAUUCUCUAGCCUCCUUCGCCCAGACCACUGAUCUCGCACACGUACUCUUGUAUAUAGCGAAGAACUGAUUUUUUUCAAUUAAACUAGUUAGCUUAGGUUUUUAUUCAUUUCGAGAUGCCGUGCCACAGUGUGUCGUUGUUUUGAAACCUCAAGCAAGUAUUUUCCCGCCUCUAUCAAGAAGUGGUUUUUCUGUGUUUUUGAUAGAAAAUGUUUUUUUCAAUUUGUAUAUUCAGUGGUUCUUGCAGAACGUAGUACGUGAUGAUAGUUGUAAUUUUGACAUUUCAAAUAUUUGGUUAAAAAGAUUAAUCAGUUGUUCUGCCAGGGCUCACUGUUUUUAUCAAUACUGUAACAAUCUAUGUACCUUUGAGAUACCUAUAUUUAUAUAAUAAUCAUAAAUAGGCUAUACGCACUCUUGUUUCUCUGCUUAACCUCAAAAUUAACAGUUAAAUUUGUUCAACUAUAGCUUCAGUAUUUUAAUGACUAUAAACUCCAUACUCUUAUAUAAAUAUACAUUAUCUUAAAAAAUACUAAAUAUUAUAUACCUAUAUAUUAUCUCUAUUCAUAUAUUUGCCGAGGUCAGCGUUCCGUGUGUUCAAUAAGGCGUUAAAUACUUUGGCAAUUUUUGCUGAGCCAGUUAUUGGUUACUAUAUUCGUAUUGCCUUAUUAUUAAUUUUACAUUAUAUGUGGUUAUUCAGGGUGGCAAGAGCAUCAUGAUGCUCGUGUAUUUUUCGAAAUGUUUUUUAUUUAAAUUGUACUAAAGGUUGUUUUGAUUUGUACGUUAUAUUGGUUUAUGAAUAUAAUUAAAUAUUGUAA